AAUCUACUUCCCGUCAGUUCUUUCUACCAGAUAAAUGCGGCACCAGUAUCAAGUGUUGAUCAAAUAGAGAUUCUGAAACGGGCUUUCUUCUCCGUUGGAACUGGUUUAGACCACUCCGAAAUACUCCUCGUAGACGUCUCAGCGGCUGAUACGGAAAAUGACACCAGUUAUAUGUAUGUUUUUCCGUCACGUACUCUAACUACGACCCCACGGAGUCCAGGUCUCGCCCUGGUCAGUUGUCCGUGUCUGUUUCGAUUCAAAUAUAAAUACAGUAAUGUUAACAUCAAAUUAAAAUUCCUCUUCUAAAUAUUUGUUAUGUUUGCAGAUAUAUAUUUCUUUUUGAAUUUUUUUUUCAGUUUGCCUUGGAAAAUGCAUUUAGAUUCACGUGCGCAUUUGAACAUGCCGAAUAUCCAGGCGUAGACAAUCGGUAAAAAUCGAUAUCGGAAAUCAUUAGAUAUUAAUCGAUAUCAAUCGCCGAUUGCUAUCGAUUGAUAUCUGCAAUCGAUGACAGUCGAACUCACAGAAAAUUAUUUUAAUUGAUUGUUAUCGAGUGACAAAAAUCGUUAACAAUCGAUAAUUCUUUUCUUCAGGAAUAUCGAUUGUCGUCGAGUUUUGUUUUUGAGAUCUAUUCAUUGCCUUUGUUUCACUAGGACAUUGACUCUGUCGAUACUACAAUGACACUAAGGUGAGCUUAGUCUUUCUAUCGAUGAAGACACCUCUUUCGUCAAUUUCGGCCCUGGAGGGAACACAAAAAUGAAUAAAUCAAUAUUUCCUUUGUUCAUUGGUUUGGUCGGAAGUUUUAUGCCCGGUGUAAAACUGCAGUUGCAAAGCAUUACAAUGGACUAAUGAGUAUGUGUUUGAUUCAGAGACGGUAACGAUUGGCUGUUGUGACCUUUCUUGUGUUGAGUAACAAAGCACUGAAUAUUCUCAAAUUAGUAGAAUAUCAGCAGUCUUUCCUUCGUUCGGUCUGACCUGGAUGGAGCUCUGAGAGCAAAUGCUGUGUGUCGAUGACAACUCGAACGGCCAUUUGCUCUCGAAAUAACAUCAAACGAUGUUUUGCGGCGUUCACAUCCUCGUAUGGAGCUUAGUCAUUUCAGUAACAUUACAACAAAGGUGGCCGCCCCCCGGACCUUGGAGUGGUGAUGGUGUAAGAGGUGACGCUGGAAGCGGUGAUGGUGGAAGACGUGAUGCUGGAAGCGGUGAAAGAGGAAGCGGUGAUGGAGGAAACAGUGAUGAUGGAAGUGGUUUGGAAUCCCCAUUUUUGUGCUCAGUAGCAGGAAACUGCAGUUGCAAGUUUGACGACUUCGGCGAUACCGUGAGAUGUACGUCUGUGGGCAAUAAUCUAGACGAAAUUGCAAAAAAUCUUCCGAAGACGACGACACAUUUAAUUCUGAGGAACAACGGAAUAUCCAAGUUGUCACCGAUCGGUCUUGGUCACUUUGAACAACUGCAAGUCUUGGAUCUCCGAGACAAUCACAUCACCACAAGCAGUGCACAGGUGCAAUCAAUCCUUAGAGCUCGGUUAUCACGACUUUUACUUGAUAACAACCCAUUGGAAUGUGACUGUGCAAUAAUGCCUCAAUUAUUUGAGCAAGUUGUAGUAACCGGGACAUGCGCUUAUCCACACCAUUUGAAAGGAGUCAACAUAAACACAAUUCAUCACGAGGAUUUCCAAUGUGCCGAGAGCUGCCAGACUCUUUUUAUCCGGGGACGCCGUUCAGAUGGUAUUUACUAUCUACGCACACCGGACAUCGGUCAGGAUCCAAUCCAGCAGAAACACAUUCAGGCGUGGUGCGACAUGAGUGGUCCUAAUGGUGGAUGGCUCGUGUUUCAACAACGCAUCAACGCCUCCGUUAACUUUACAAGAGAUUGGGUUUCAUACGAAAAAGGUUUCGGCAGACACGGUUUUGAGUUCUGGCUUGGAAAUCUUUACAUAAAUGGUAUAACUCGCAGAGGAGAGCACAUGCUGAGAAUUGAGAUAUCGGUUUCCAUUGAUAGGCGCAACCAAACAUUUUUUUCUGAAUAUGAUAAUUUCCGCGUGUCGAGUCCAUUCGACAACUACAACCUUCAUGUAGGGAAAUAUCGAGGCAACCUAAGUGAUAUUCUUUCGGAUGCUAAUAACUCUGCAUUCUCCACCUGGGAUCGCGAUAAUGACAAGGCGAACAGAUCAUGCGCGCGCAUCAAUAAAGGAGCGUGGUGGUACGGCAGAAGUUGUAACAUUCCAGACCUGAACGGCAUGCUGGGAAACGUUACAAAACGAGGCCUGGUUAAGAUUACAAUGAAGACCACACGAGCUUUGCGAGGUUAUGACGGUCAUAAUGAUCAAUUCAUAAUGUGGGUUCUGAUUAUCCAUAACAAUUAG